AUGUGGGAUGGUGUGGGGCUGUGGACACGCCGGAUUGUGGACGUGCAGGUGGAGGAGCUGUCCUCCUCGACAGGAUUGUUGUGUUUACGCUUCUAUCCUACCUGCCUCCCGGCUCAGUCUAAAGGUCUCAGCGUCGCGAAGGCCACCUGCCCCGAAGCCGUUUGGUGCAAAGGCUACUAUAAGGAAAUUAUUGGCCCUACUGACUACUGCGUACAAUAUCAAAUUAAUCUGCUCAUUGCAGGAGAAAAAGCCCUGAAAUAA